GACCAUCAGCAGCUGAAACCGGGAGUCUGGAAGCUCCGCUCCCCAUCGCCGUCAGCCCUCCUCCGGCGGCGCCUCUGCGGCUUUGAUUGGAUCAGAGCCGGUUACCCUUUCCCCUCUAACCCGGCCAUGUCGGCCGUUUCCUGCUCUUCCUGCACCGCCGCCGGAGCCGCGUUCAGCACAGACACAUUGCAUGUCGCUCAUCAGAGGCUCCCGUUUUUACCCCUGCUUUGCACAGUGAUAUUUCCAUAAAACAAAACCACGGCAAUGAGAAGGAAGUCCAGGAUUCUCUUAUGCUUCGCCGUCCUCUGGGUGCUUGGCAUCGCUUACUAUUUUUAUUCGGGGACAGCGUUGUCUCGGAAGGAUGACAGGAGUGCCAUGGACUCGUCCAACCGGAACCAGGCCCACAGCAACGUGGAUGAGAAGGCACGUGGUCCGGAGACACUGCCUCCAGGAAAGGUGAGGUGGCAGGACUUCGACCAGGACCUUUAUGUGGGGGCAACGAUGGUCAGGCCGGGCCAGGACCCCUACGCCCGCAACAAAUUCAACCAAGUGGAGAGUGACAAGCUGAGGAUGGACCGCGUCAUCCCUGACACCAGGCAUGACCACUGUCGACAUAAGUCAUGGAGGACCGACCUGCCGACGUCCAGCGUGGUCAUCACCUUCCACAACGAGGCGCGCUCGGCCUUGCUGCGCACCGUGGUCAGUGUCCUGAAGAAAAGUCCCGCUCAUCUUGUAAAAGAGAUUAUCCUGGUGGACGACUACAGCGACAAUCCUGAAGAUGGCUCCCUACUGGGCAAGAUCGAGAAAGUGAGAGUCCUUCGCAAUGACCGGCGUGAAGGACUGAUGCGGUCCCGGGUUCGAGGAGCCGAUGCUGCCACUGCCACUGUGCUGACCUUCCUAGACAGCCACUGCGAGUGUAACGAACAUUGGCUGGAGCCGCUGCUGGAGCGGGUGGCUGAGGACAGAACAAGAGUCGUCUCCCCUAUUAUCGACGUGAUCAACAUGGACAACUUCCAGUACGUCGGUGCCUCCGCGGACCUCAAGGGAGGUUUUGACUGGAACCUGGUCUUCAAGUGGGAUUACAUGACUCUGGAGCAGCGAAGGGCACGGCAAGGAACCCCCAUCGCCCCCCAUCAAGUACGGUUCCUCCUGGGGGGGCUCUUUGUCAUGGACAAGGACUACUUUGAGGAGCUGGGGAAGUACGACAUGAUGAUGGAUGUGUGGGGUGGAGAGAACUUGGAGAUCUCCUUCCGUGUGUGGCAGUGUGGGGGCAGCCUCGAGAUCAUCCCCUGCAGCCGCGUGGGCCACGUCUUCCGGAAGCAACAUCCCUACACCUUCCCUGGGGGCAGCGGGACGGUCUUUGCCAGGAAUACCCGGCGAGCUGCUGAGGUGUGGAUGGAGGACUAUAAGAACUUUUACUAUGCAGCCGUACCCUCGGCCCGGAACGUCCCAUACGGCAACAUCCAGAGCCGACUGGAGAUGAAGAAGAGACUGGGCUGCAAGCCUUUCAAGUGGUACCUGGAGAACGUCUACCCUGAGCUGCGAGUUCCCGACCACCAGGACAUCGCCUUUGGCGCCUUGCAGCAGGGGAGCAACUGCCUGGACACACUGGGCCACUUUGCCGAUGGUGUGGUGGGCGUGUACGAGUGCCACAACGCUGGGGGCAACCAGGAAUGGGCCCUGACCAAGGACAAGUCUGUGAAACACAUGGACCUCUGCCUGACGGUGGUGGAGCGGGCAGCUGGCUCCCAGAUCAAACUGCAGGGCUGCAGAGAAAACGACAGCAGACAGAAGUGGGAACAGAUCGAGGGGAACUCCAAACUGCGGCACGUGGGAACUAACCUGUGCUUGGACAGCCGCAAUGCCAGGAGUGGGGGGCUCACUGUGGAGACAUGUAGCCCCUCCCUCUCACAGCAGUGGAAGUUCACCCUCAACCUGCAGUCCUAAAGGCCACAUCCCCCUCGGUCCUUGACCACCACCCUGCCACGCCCACCCCCCAACAGGAAAAAGACACCAUCACCAAGAAGGAAACUUACCAUGUACUGAAGACUGGGGCCAGAUGCGACAGAUUAACAGAUUAACGCAGCGAAAAGCCUGAGUUUGAAAAAGAGAGAGAGAAUGUGGCAACAUGCGCGAUUUCCAUCCAACUAUAUACCUCACUGUUCCAUCCCGGUCCAGUUUUUGGAGAGUUGAUUUUUCUUUCCUGAUUAUAGUGAAACGGAAUUAUUUUCCUUUUUCUGCUUUUAAUUAUUUUAAAACGUUUCUUUUCCCUGCGUUACUCUGCAUUCCUCGGAUAAGGACUUUACUGAUUUUUCAUCCUGUCGAAUGUAUAAAAAAAAGAAAGAAAAGACGACAUACUUUGACGAUCAGACAGUGUCAGGCCGACUUUGGGGGGGGGGGGGGGGGGGUGGGAGGGGGCGCUGCUGCAGUGUUUUCGGUUCCGUUCCUGGUUGAAUCGCUUUCUGGAAGAGCCGCCUUGGGGACCUGGACCGACUGCCCGGUGCUGACACUCCUGCCUUCCGGCCGGGGUUCGGGGUGGGUAAAGACUCACUUUUCUUGUACGAGGCGCACCCGACGGCACUCUGUGUAAUAUAAUAAUAAAAAAUUAAAAACUGCUUUAAGCCAGGGUGUCGUACAUCAAAGAACGGGAAAAAGGUUCAAGGAGUUGGACGCUUGUGCCGCUGGACCUUGGUGGAGCGUAGCACUGGCUGCUACUGAUCCUCGGUAUCUAACUGUCCCCGAAGUACUCUGCCGCUGUAUGGAGAACACAAAUAUAUUUUCACUAUUAUUACUAUUAUUGAUUUGCGUAAAUAUUACGAAAACUUCAAAAUCAGUGCAUUAUCUGUUAAUGUUGUCGUUACUUCUGACAUUAAAAUGUUUCUUUAAUUACGCUACGUAGAGUAAUUGACUUAACUAAAUAUGAACUCAUCCCUGUUAUGAUCUCUUACCCCGCUUUGACUUUUUUCGGGUUUCUUUUCCGUUUGAUGUGGCUCUUGGUGAUAUCACUGUAUUUCCAUCGGGAAUGGGGCCUUUUACAGGGUAUUAAGGACGAUGCUGCGAUCGCUGUCCGAAAUGUGCAUUGCGUUCAUUGUGCGUGUGCGCGAGCGCGGGGGUAUGUGUGCGCGUGUGUUUUCCAGUCUCUUGAAUUUUGUUUUUUUUGACACUAUUGGAGGUCUAACGCUUGUAACACAGGCAACAUGCAUGCAUACUGUUAUUGCGCUGCAUGUUGUGCCGGUACUUGAGAGUUUGAUCCUUGGUCUUUUCCAACCUUAGCAAUUUGCCUUUUUCGGUAUGAAUCACACUGUAAGCGAGAGCGAUGACUUGGCUUUUCUGUAUGCAUCUUACAAACGGAUCAGUGAAGGAGCAAUGAACUGUCAGGUUACUGGACUUACAACAUCUGGACAUCAGUAAAGGAGAACGUCUGGACCGCUCGUGUUCGCCUUAAUAGCAGAAACUUUUGAAAAUGUGACAGACAGCGACGUCCGUGGCUUCAGCAGGAAAACAAGCCGAAAUGACUUCUGCCAGUAGGGAAGGUUACAACAUUGUGGAAAAUUUAUUUUUGAAAUAACUUUGAUAAUUAGAUGUUCGCUUUCACUACUUUAAAUAACAUUAUAUGUAUAUGUAACAUGUUAUACGUAUAAUGUUACGCACACAUGUAUAAUAUGUAUAUGGGUGUAUAUGCCCAGUAGUGUGUUUUUUCUGGUUUCACGGAGAGUUUCUGCAUCUCCUGGGCAGUCUGCGUGUUCAGCAGGAAACGUCAGGCCCGUUCGGCGCCGGCUUAUCGCGGCUUGUCACCGGCCACUCUUAUAGACGGACUUUAAUAUGUCGGUAGGGCAUUGCGACACGGCCUCGCUUUUUUUGGUGAAGCACUCUGUCUGCUAAAGGCUGAUAUUUUUAAGAUGCUCACAUGAAGUCCGAAAAUAACUUCUUCAGCAUUCUGCUGUCGUCUUGAAAUCGGACGGCAGAAGCUCUGGACAGCCUGUGCAUUAACUGGACUCGUAAUUCAGCGGCCGCCGCUGCACAGAGAGGCCGCCUGACACCAUUUCCUGCGCGACCUGCAUCGCAUAUUCCUUUUAGUAUAGCUACAUUAAAGUGUUUGAAUCGAGCUUUUUUUUCUUUUGUAAAAUGCUCAAUGGAAACUUAAAGUUUAGUUUUCAUUUUUACGGGAAAAAGACCUAAUUCAUGAAUGACAGCUACUUUGGUAGUUUUUAAUUGGAUGAAAUGUUUACAUAGCACAAUGUGCCAAAGUUAUUUACUGUUUUAUUUAUACUUUCGAUACAUCUGUGCAAGAGUCAGUCGAUGAUGCAGAAUACAGAAACCCAUUGUUAUCUUAACGAGCCGUAAUAUUUCAUGUUUUGAUUCCAGUGAAAAUGAGUAUUAAUCACUGUAGGGAAACGCAAUCAAUUAUGUAAAAAGAGUUUGGGGUCGGAAGGCGGGAUGCAGAGCUGGGAGGGAGUUUAUAAAACCGUCAAACAGUUACAUAAUCAUGGCGAAGCUAUCAUUUAUUAUUAUCAUUAUUAUAAAUACCUAGUCUAUUAAUUUUAUUAUAUUAAAUCUAUAAUAAAAUUGUAGUUAAGUCUGGUCUACUGUAUAGCGCUUGUAAUUGUUCUAUGUUUUAUAGAUAUGGCAGAAAUUCAACUUUGAAUGAGGACAAAAAAAUAAGUUAAAUAAAUGCAUUUAUACAUAAA